UUUCACUCUGUUUCAGGUUCCCUCUGCGAAAAGCGAGCCGUAUUUAACCCCAACGGGAUUUUUCGAUUUCUACAAAACACGCCAAAUCCAACGGCGGUUUCCAGUUUCAACAAACACUUUCUUAUCUUCCUCCCCCGGUGGCGCUUGCGUUCACGACCCCUUCCGUUUGGCUCCCAAGAUUCUUCCGGCCCCCGUAAUUUGGAUUCAAAGGUACUUCAGGAGCAAAGGUAGUGUUGCUAGAUAGAUGUUAAACGAGCAGAUGAAGACAUAUAACCUUGAUCCCGACGUGCUUCGCUGGGGUCUCCAUCUCUUGGAUGUUUGCACAUUGUCGAAUGAUAAUUCUCAUAGUACUGUUACGCAAUACGACCAGGAUUUUAGUCAAGUAGAGUAUGUUAGAGAAGGUUAUGUUGAGCCUUGUAUUGUGGAGAAUGAUGAGAUUAUAGCUUAUGCUUAUCAAGAAGAGUUGUCGAGGCUCGCUUCUGUAGAAACGUCAGGAGCUACUGGUUAUGGAGAAGGGCAGUUGGAAGCGUCAAUCAUUGCGCAGGAUUGGCUUGGUCCAUCAAAUAGGCACAGUGGUACUGGGCUUGAAAAUGUUCAGGAUGCAGUAAAUGAUUUCGGCACAAAUAUGGACACCGAUGAUUAUAGACAUAAUCAACAUGGGGUGGAUGAUCCAAGGAGAAAUGGAAACGAGUUAGCAAGUGAUCACUGCGAAGGAGAAUACUCAAUUAAUGGGGAAGACUUUUUGCAUUCACUGGAAAUAACAGAUGAAUUUUCUCUUGAUGGUGAAGUAGGGAGAAGAUUGAAUCAGAUGGCUUCUGUACCUCAUGUUCCUAAAACGAAUGAAAAAUUACCCUCGGAGGAUGAACAGUUAUCAGAUCAUCAGAGGCUUUUGGAUAGGCUGCAGUUGUAUGAUUUGGUGGAGUGUAAGGUCCAGGGAGAUGGUAACUGUCAGUUUCGUGCUUUAUCAGAUCAACUAUAUCGUUCUCCUGACUACCAUGGUGUUGUAAGAGACCAAAUUAUUCAACAGCUGAUGAGUCACCCUGAAAUGUACGAGGGUUACGUUCUAACGGGUUAUGUUGAUUAUCUAAACAAGAUGAGCAAGAACGGUGAAUGGGGUGAUCAUGUCACAUUGCAGGCUGCCGCAGAUUCGUAUGGUGUCAAGAUAGUUGUAAUAACUUCUUUCCGAGAUACAUGUUACAUUGAAAUCCUUCCGCACAUUCAAAAGUCCAAUAGAGUUAUCUGCUUGAGCUUUUGGGCCGAAGUGCAUUACAAUUCGAUUUAUCCCCAAGGAGAACUUCCUCCGCCCAGCUUAAGGAAAAAGAAGAAAUGGUGGAACCUUUGAAACCAGGAAUCCACAUCUGCAACGAGUCUUUGUUUUCUGUUGAGGAAGCUUCAGUGUCGCAUUGACGUUCUCUAUCUUUGGCUCCCUGGAGCGGGGGGCAGAAUGGCGUUCCUUUGCUUGUUUCUGCUCUGCAUUUGCACCGGCAGCUGAUUCUUAACCAACUCCCUUGUACAUGUUAUAUCUUCUUUGAUUUAGAUGGUUUUUUGCUUUUAACAUACCUUUGAUAUAUAGAGGAUUUGUCCUUCCUUUCUGUAAAUAAAUUCAUCGUUUUUAUUCUUAAUUAUAGUAAAUCUUUCUUUCCAUUCAA